AUGUCGGUCAGAGUGCGAACGAUCGCCUCGCUCGCCGCCUCGGUCAGCACAGUAAUCCCUUCGCGCAACAUCUUGCCAAGGCCGCGCGCCCAGUAUGGGACUCGCUCCGCGCUAUACUGCUACGGCGACAUCCUGGAUUCCAUCCAGAGGGCGAGACCAUUCGCUGACUCCAAGACCUUUGUGGACAUGCCUACGAGGGUUCCAUUGGAAGAGGUCCAAGCCGCUUAUGAUCAGUUGACGAAGCCGAUCCAAAACAAUACUGAGCUCCUUGACUUCCUCACCAGCGACUUCGCUCCCGCUGGGCAGGAGGUCAUCCCAAUAGACCCAGAGUCCCUGGUUGUCAACGCAUCAUUCCUCGACGGGAUCGCAAACGCGGUAAACAGGGAGUUCACCGAGGCCGUGAUUGAUCUGUGGCCCGACUUGACGCGGUCGGUCAACGAGUCGGCCGUCUGCGCAGAGUGCAACAACAGCCUGCUGUCCAUCAAGCGACCUUUCGUCGUCGCAGGGGGGCGAUUCAGGGAGCCGUACUACUGGGACUCAUACUGGAUUCUGCAUGGCCUGCUUCGCAGUGGUGGCAACUUCACUGGGAUCGCGAGAAAUCAGAUCGAGAACUUCCUGGAUUUCAUAGAGGAUUAUGGGUUUGUACCAAAUGGUGCCAGAUUGUACUAUCUCAACCGUUCACAGCCGCCACUGUUGGCGCAGAUGGUCAGGAUUUAUGUUGAGCAGACGGGAGACACAACGAUCCUAGAUCGUGCUAUUCCACUGCUGAUCCGGGAACAUGACUUCUUCACGUCGAAUCGGACAGCCCAGGUCACAGUUGGAGACAAGAACUACACGCUGAAUCGAUACAAUGUCGCCAACACUGAGCCACGGCCGGAGUCCUACUACGAGGAUUACACACAAGUCAACAAUGCGUCAUACUAUGCAAGAGACGGCAGCAUCUACCCAGCCAGAAACACAACACAGGCUGAGAAGGACCUGCAGUACAAGAACCUCGCAUCAGGCGCCGAGUCCGGUUGGGAUUUCAGCUCGCGGUUUAUGAAGGACCCAAUCAUCGCAGCGAACGACAGCUACUUCCCGCUGGCAUCAUACAACAUCGUUGAGAUGAUCCCCGUGGACCUGAACGCGAUCCUGUACUGGAACGAGGUGACCAUCGCCGGGUUCCUGCGCCAGCAACAAGAGGCGCAAAACACCACCGCCGCAGACGCCUGGGAGGCGCAAGCCGCGGCGCGCAGCGAGGCGAUGUACGAGGUGCUGUGGAACACGACGCUGGGCGGCUACUUCGACUACAACCUGACGGCGUCGCGGCAGGACGUGUUCUGGGCGCGCGACGCCGACUCGCUGGCGGCCGAGGCCGGGCCGGGGUUGGGCCAGCAGGUCGUCUUCAACGUCGGGCAGCUGACGCCGUUCUGGACGGGCGCCGCGCCAGCCGCACUAAAGGACGACCCGGCCGCUGUCAGGCGCGCCUUCGCCCGCGUCGACGAGUACCUGCGCUCGCGGAAGGGCGGCAUCGCGCCGACCAAUUUUGUCACUAGUCAGCAGUGGGAUCAGCCUAGCGUGUGGCCGCCUCAUAUGCACAUGCUCAUGGAAGCGCUGCUGCAGACGCCGGAAGUGGGUGGUGAAGAUGGUGGUGGUAGCGAGGACUGGGUGUGGACGCAGGACCUAGCGCUGAGGCUGGGGCAGAGGUAUUUUGACUCGGCGUAUUGUACUUGGCGCGCAACAGGCGGCGGGACACCCAGCUCGCCUCCGCUCCCCAACCCGCCGCAGGACCUCGGUGGCCAAAUGUUCGAGAAGUACUCGGACCAGUCACUCAACGAGGCCGGCAGCGGGGGCGAGUACGAAGUGGUAGUGGGCUUCGGCUGGUCCAACGGCGUGCUGAUUUGGGUGGCCGACACGUUCCGCGACGACCUGCAGACGCCUACCUGUGAGGAUCUGUCCGAGGCCGGGGCCCAGGAGAAGGAGAAGAAGAGCAAGCGUGGUGGCCAUGGCGAUGGUCCGAACGCCAAGAGCGCCCUGGAGCUGGAUUAUUUCGAUGCGGUCUGGACAAGUGAGCAUGUUGGGGGCCUGCGGGUCGUGAGGUAG